AUCUAACUUCUAUUUUUGCCUUACAGCUAUUUAGUUAAUUUAGUGAGUGAUUGUAACGGGGCUGUUGAGGAUUUGGCAGUCGAGAAAAAAUUAGGCAAAAAAAAAAAACAAAGUUAAGGCUUUAUCUUUAAAUUGUGUGAUAAAUAUUUAAAUAAUAUAAGAUAAUGGGUGGAGGUUUGACAGAUCCAGUUGCUUUCUUGAAGGAUUUCGCUGCCGGAGGUAUUUCCGCCGCUGUGUCAAAAACAACUGUUGCGCCAAUUGAACGUGUAAAAUUACUUUUGCAAGUACAACAUAUUUCAAAACAAAUUUCUCCUGAUAAGCAAUAUAAAGGAAUGAUUGAUUGUUUUGUGCGCAUACCUAAAGAGCAAGGUGUGCUAGCUUACUGGCGUGGUAACUUAGCAAAUGUUAUUCGAUAUUUUCCUACCCAAGCCUUAAAUUUUGCUUUUAAGGAUAAAUACAAGCAAGUUUUCUUAGGAGGCGUUGACAAAAAUACACAAUUCACUCGCUAUUUCAUAGGUAACUUAGCUUCUGGUGGUGCCGCUGGGGCAACUUCGUUAUGCUUUGUAUAUCCUUUAGAUUUUGCCCGUACAAGACUGGCUGCUGAUAUCGGUAAAAGUGGCGGAGAACGUGAAUUCUCAGGCCUCGGCAACUGUUUAAGCAAAAUUUUCAAAACAGAUGGUAUUGUUGGCUUAUAUCGUGGAUUUGGCGUUUCAGUUCAAGGUAUUAUUAUUUACCGUGCCGCGUACUUCGGCUUUUAUGAUACAGCUAGAGGCAUGCUCCCUGAUCCUAAAAACACACCUAUUUAUAUCAGUUGGGCCAUCGCUCAGGUCGUUACAACAGUCGCGGGUAUCGUUUCAUAUCCAUUCGAUACAGUGCGUCGUCGUAUGAUGAUGCAAUCAGGGCGUAAGAAGACAGAAAUUAUUUACAAAAAUACUUUACAUUGCUGGGCUACAAUAGCCAAACAGGAAGGCUCAUCAGCCUUCUUCAAGGGAGCGUUCUCAAAUAUUCUCAGAGGUACAGGUGGUGCAUUUGUACUUGUACUUUACGAUGAAAUCAAAAAAUUACUGUAAUUUACUAAAAUAAAGUAAAAUUAAUUAAUGACGUUUAAAUACAA